AUGCAGGAGGAGGCAGACUCGGCGAAGGUGGUGUCGGCAGCCAUUGCACGCAGGCAGCAGGCCAUGAGGCAGCAGACUGGGCGAAGGUGGUGUCGGCAGCCGAUGCACGCAGGCAGCAGGUCAGGAGGUGGCAGACUGGGCGAAGGUGGUGUCGGCAGCCGAUGCACGCAGGCAGCAGGUCAUGAGGCGGCAGACUCGGCGAAGGUGGUGUCGGCAGCCGAUGCACACAGGCAGCAGGCAGCAGGUCAGGAGGCGGCAGACUCGGCGAAGGUGGUGUCGGCAGCUGAUGCAUGCAGGCAGCAGGUCAUGAGGCAGCAGACUGGGCGAAGGUGGUGUCGGCAGCCGAUGCACGCAGGCAGCAGGUCAGGAGGUGGCAGACUGGGCGAAGGUGGUGUCGGCAGCCGAUGCACGCAGGCAGCAGGUCAGGAGGUGGCAGACUGGGCGAAGGUGGUGUUGGCAGCCGAUGCACGCAGGCAGCAGGUCAUGAGGCGGCAGACUCGGCGAAGGUGGUGUCGGCAGCCGAUGCACACAGGCAGCAGGUCAGGAGGCGGCAGACUCGGCGAAGGUGGUGUCGGCAGCCGAUGCACGCAGGCAGCAGGUCAGGAGGCGGCAGACUCGGCGAAGGUGGUGUCGGCAGCCGAUGCAUGCAGGCAGCAGGUCAUGAGGCAGCAGACUGGGCGAAGGUGGUGUCGGCAGCCAAUGCACGCAGGCAGCAGGUCAGGAGGUGGCAGACUGGGCGAAGGUGGUGUCGGCAGCCGAUGCACGCAGGCAGCAGGUCAUGAGGCGGCAGACUCGGCGAAGGUGGUGUCGGCAGCCGAUGCACACAGGCAGCAGCUGAUGCACGCAGGCAGCAGGUCAGGAGGCGGCAGACUGGGCGAAGGUGGUGUCGGCAGCCGAUGCACGCAGGCAGCAGGUCAGGAGGCGGCAGACUCGGCGAAGGUGGUGUCGGCAGCCAAUGCACGCAGGCAGUAG